GAUUAGUGAUAAUUUUCUCAUUUUAGGAAAGAGAUAGCAAAAGACGAUACGAAUAUAUUCAAUAUGAAAACGGUCUCGUUUAUGGAAACAAAAACACAUGUCGUAGAGGAACAAUCAAAGUCGAUAGCUGGUGGCGGUGGCUUUUCUGGCAUUGUAGCUACUGCUUUUGUUAUUGCGACGAUCAAAAUUCAAGUUCUCAUCGAUAUUUCAGUCUGCGAUCUGUAACGUCUGAUGUCUCGAAAAAUAGAGUUAUAACGGGGAUGAGACUGAAGAAAGUAGACAAAGUUAUUUAUAUACAAAUCCAAGAGGGCGAGUUGCUUCCACGCGGAGCGAUUAAUACAUCUACAAUUGAAUGGCAACCAAUCGAUGUCUUUUCAGUCUCGGACACUCAUGUUAAGGACGGUAUUGAUUACCAUAAAAUCGUAUGGGAAAAACGCGCUUUGGAUCUCGAUGACUUGUUAUCACCACAAGAUCAUCUUUUGACAGGCAUUCGAUUCCGAAUGGUUGGUAGUCGUCUAAAUUUGGAAAUAAUGAUAACUCCGUUCAAUUUCACAUCUGGGUCGUUACUCCAACCUGAGGAAAAGAGUUUUUGGUAUAGCAAUGAUGUUACGGAAAGAACCGAGCUAACGCUAAUUGAACCUGACAUACCGACUCGAGAUCCUGCGCGGAACUUACCGGAUUCCGCUGAAAAUCAAUAUUUAAAUUUCGCACCGAGCGAUCGACGAAAAGACGCUGCACAAAGCACGAUUCCUUUCCUCGAUAUUCAACCGGUCGUGUCGAAUCCACCCGUGCCGGUCGCCGGCGCCGGUAUCUUUCACAAAGGCCGAAAAGGUUCGGGCGGAUUCGUCGCCCUGAAAUUGAUCACUUACGAUUUCGCGCCGCAUCUACAAAUCGAUUUACCACCGGCACCGCCCGUUCUCGAAACUCCGAACGAAAUUAAAGCGACGUAGAAUCUUUCAUAUCUUUCAUUACUUUAUGAAAAUAACAAUUGAAGAACCUGUGAUUUGCUAAGAAUCUCAGCUCAAUAUACCGAGGUGAAAACGAAGAUGUAUAUCGAAUUAUUGCAUAUGAAAUGUUAAUUUCAGAAUACUUCGGUUUUAUAGAAAGUUAAAAUUUUAAAAUACAGUAAAUAUGAGAGAAAA